UCGUUUUCACAAGAAAAACCCCAUGUUCUUCAAACUUCUUACUCUCAAAAGGUUGGACCUUUUAACAGUUUAAUCCCUGUUCUCUAAUGCGCUUUUCUGCUAUUCUAGCCUUUGCAAUUUGCAUGGAGUGUUGAUCUGAAGGCAAAUUCAAGUAUAUGUUAUUCGAGGUAAAUGCAUGGAUCGAAGGGAUGCUAUGGCGUUAUCGGGCUCUGCAUAUUACUAUAUUCAACAACGAGGAAUAACUGGAUCCGGGACAGGAACACAGACCGGAGUACAUGAAUCACCGGGCAUUCAUCCGUUAUCGAGUCCUAAUGUUCAAUACCAAUCAAGUAUUAAUGCCACUACUAUUGGAACAACCUUACCCGUAGAAACUUUGUCGGGAAUGUCUCCUCAUAGUGUCAAUGUAGGCAUGUCUCCUACGGUGCCGGAGCUGUCCUGCGACACAUUGAAACGUAAAAGAGGAAGACCUCGGAAGUAUGGACCCGAUGCAACUGUUUCACUAGCACUGACUCCUGCAUCAGCUACUCAUCCUGGAACGAUAACUCCAAUCCAAAAACGGGGAAGAGGGCGGCCGCCGGGUACCGGAAGGAAGCAGCAAUUGUCUUCCCUCUGUGAAUUGCUGUCUGGUUCAGCUGGGAUGGGUUUUACUCCACAUGUCAUCACCAUUGCGAUAGGAGAAGAUAUUGCGACAAAAUUGAUGUCAUUUUCACAGCAAGGGCCAAGAGAAGUAUGCUUUUUGUCAGCCAAUGGUGCCGUCUCAACUGUUACUCUUCGUCAACCUUCAUCGGCGGGUGGCACCGUUACAUAUGAGGGACGAUUCGAGAUAUUAUGUUUGUCGGGGUCUUACCUGUUGUCAAACAAUAGUGGCUCUCGCAAUCGAACUGGUGGUCUUAGUAUUUCUCUUGCUAGUCCUGAUGGCCGUGUCAUUGGUGGUGGUAUCGGAGGGAUGCUAAUCGCAGCAAGUCCAGUUCAGGUGAUUGUGGGGAGCUUUAUCUGGGAUGGCUCAAAGACAGAGAGCAAGAAAGGGGGAGGUCAAGAAGGUCUAAAGGGCUCAGAUGAUCAGAUCGUCGACAAUGUAGUAUCUCCACCCGGCAUUUCACCGAACCAAAAUCUGACUCCGACUUCGGCUGCAGGGGUGUGGCCGGGGCCACGAUCGAUGGAUAUGUGUAACAAUAGCCGUGUCGACAUCGAUCUAAUGCGUGGAUGAUGAAGACGACGACUCUUUUCCGUAAUAGUUUCACGAGCAAUGUAGAUGGUUUGCCGUUGAUUGUGGGAUAUGUUCGUAACAAUAGC